AGGUGAUGAUAAUAAGACCAUCCGUUUAGCGGAUGUCGUCAGCAGUGCUGCGAACUUGACGCCUGCGCCACACAAGCAACGCUUCACUUUACAUUGAGCCAAACAGGAAGAAAAAGAAGCAAGCCAUCUCCUCCUGUAUGCCACUGAUGCAUGUCGAGCAGAGCUAGGUAGCAGUCUGCAUUAUUUAGCCCUCUCGUCUCAUAAAAGUUGAGCCUUUGGGCAGAAAAUACUGCUGCUUCAAGUUGUCAAGGGUGUUGUCAGUGGAGCUUUACGUCUAACACCUUCCACUCGAGCAUGUCCAGUGAUCCUCCUCCUCCUUAUCCAGGAGGUCCCAGCGCCCCGCUCAUCCAGGACAAAAAUGGACAACCAGCUCCUGUGAGAACAGCACCCCUGCAAGGACAACCUCUGCCCCCAGACUAUGGACCACCUCCUUAUGAGGGCCCCCACCCAGGGUUCCUCCCUCCACAUGUGCCUGGAGAGGGGCCCAUGCCCAUGCCCAUGCCCCCGCCACCCCAAGGAGGCGCCUACCCUCCACCGCCGCCUGGCCCCUAUCACCAGCAGAUGGGCCCGGGCCCCUUUGUCCACAUGGGGGGCCACACAGCGACCGUCAUGGCUCCUCCGGGCGCCGCCACCACCGUGACCGUGCUCCAGGGUGAAAUGUUCCAGACGUCGCCGGUGCAGACGGUGUGUCCGCACUGCCAGCAGGCCAUCGUCACGCGCAUCUCGCACGACGUGGGCCUCAUGAACACACUCUUCUGUCUCUUCUGCUUCUUCGUCGGGUGUGAUCUGGGCUGCUGCUUGAUUCCCUGUCUGAUUGACGACCUGAAAGAUGUGACACACACCUGUCCUUACUGUAAGGGCUACAUCUACACAUACAAGCGUAUAUGCUAACCACCGACAUACACACCUGCUGCGACUUACAGGCUUUUCCCACCCCUCUUGGUUUGUGUACAUAGUCUACCUUCAAGCUCAUACCUUCAUGCACACCACUGACUUCUUUUCAUUUGUACCAAGUGAAGGCCGUGUUACACGUGUCACUGAGGAAGACUCGCUGUGAAACUUGUCACUUUAUUUGAACUUACCUGUGAAUCUCGCCAUGAAGCAAGCCGGCUGGGGUUGAUCUUUUUUAAUAAUUGUGUUUUCCUUCUUUCUGUAAAGUAUUUUAUUCUGUUUUCCCAUCUUUAUAUUGAAAACUGUGAGCAUGUGUCCUUCCUUCUGACUUAUUUCUCUUUCACAACUCCUAUCCCAAAUGUGAACGUCUUGCUCAUGUUUGACUUUUAUAUUUAAUUUUAGUAUUGCAAGCUUGAUUCAGAAUGCACAAAAUGAUAUAACAGCGAUUUUUUUCCGUUUAUGCCCUUUGUUCGGUGAUGUACUUGUACAAAGGCAAACAUUUGCACUUUAAGGACAUGUUUCCCUCUGAUACAUCAUAAAAGCCUGCCUGGCAUCACAGUGACAGCUUGUUUUGUUGUUGUUAAUAUUGUUGCACUUCAUCUGGACCUGUGCAAAGUGAAGCUUCCAAAAUGUCUGUGCCAGCAUAGGCAGACUUUGGCACUCAUUGUAGAUUUGAUCUUAACUGCAGGCUGAAUGUUUGUCACCGCCUCAGUAAUUAAGAAUGUUGGGGGACAAGUUACAUUGAUAUCAAGGUCAUUAGUCCCCCAUGACCCCUUUUUUUUAACUUUGAUUGCUUUCAAGCAUGACAUAAGUCUACAAUUAACAUAAUUACUAAAAUAGGCUGUUACCCAUUGGCAUUAAAACAAUUCUUUAACAGCAUGCCUCCAUUGUGUCGCUCACGUAAACACUGAGCCUAAAUAACGGCAUAGCUGUGUGACAACAAGACAAAUGUCACUUCUUCAGAAGGUAUCACAUCAGUACUGUAUGUCCUCAUGCUGGUGGGGAAACAUGCAGGUCUGUGUUGCUCUCUAAAUGUCUGCCAAGGUUUGUUUUCACCCUUGUAUACAGCUACUAUUUUAUCAAUAAAAGUCUGAACAUCA